AUGGAAGGAAGAGGAAAUUCCACGUCCGGCUUAGGAUGUCAUAUUUGUGGUCUAGUGUUAGCUCGCGGAGGAAGUGUUCGAGUUCCGAGAAAAAAUGUGCGAUCUAUUGCGGGUCUACCUUUAAUAGCUUGGGUUUUGCAUCCUAUGCUAGACUGUAAAAAGCUGACAUCCGUCUGGGUUUCAACAGAUGAUACAGAGAUUGCUGAAGUUGCUCUUAAAUAUGGUGCUCAAGUUCAUUACAGAGACAAAAAGACUGCCAAUGAUUCUAGUUCGUCAUUAACGGGUGUUCAGGAUUUCGUCGCCAAACAUCCAGAAAUAUCUGUGGUAGCACUAGUACAGUGUACUUCUCCAUGCCUUUUACCAAUGUACCUGGAUAAAGCCUGUGAAAUGGUGCUCGAACAGAACUAUGAUUCUGUAUUUUCAGUUGUUAGACAACGAAAACUUCGUUGGAAAGAAAUUGCAGCUGGUGAAAGUACAGAAGCUUUGAAUUUCAACCCUAGGCAUCGACCUAGAACACAAGAUUGGAAAGGUGAACUUGUAGAAAGUGGCCAUUUUUACGUGACUAGAACUUCUUUAAUUAAGGAAAACCUGUUACAAGGGAAAAGGUGCGGUUAUGUUGAAGUACCAGAAGAAUUGGCGAUCGAGAUUGAUUCAGAAACAGACUGGAUCAUAGCUGAAAAACUUUUGGAACUAUAUGGUUAUCGUAAAAAUGUUAACGAAUUGAAAGAGUAUUAUGUAUAAUGAACAUAAUGCUAUAACGAAAAGGUAUAAAUUCCCUCUUUGUCAAGAAAUGAGCUUAAUUUUAUUAUUCUGAAAUUUAUGCAAACGAUUUAAUUCAGAACAAAAGCGCAUAACUUAAAUUUUGUUUGAAAACAUUUCCUAAGCAAUAUUUUGAUAAUAAUUUAAAAACUACAGUUAAUUCCACUAAUUAAAAAAAAUUCAGGAUUUUUGAAAACAUUUCAUACAGCGUGCCAAAAACAUAAAUCUACCUUUCAGUAAUUUUUCUAAAUAAACAUGUAGAACUCAAUAAUGAACUAUUAUUAUUAUUAAUAAUAAUAAUAAUAUUACCGCAACACAAAUUGUGAGCCAUGGAGACAAUUUCGUGAAGAAAUAGUGGAGCAUUGAGCACCAACUGCCUUUACUUGCCAGGCAACCUAGUAAUCAUCAAUCUGAAGCUGAGAAGGCUUCAAGCUGGAACCGAGGAUUGAACCCCGGUUCUUCACAAGGAUAGAUCAGUUCCUUUAACCACUGAACCAUCACGACAGAAAAAUAUGUACUUAAUCGAAUUAGAUUUUUAUUGCCACAAGAGUAAAAUACUAAUUUAUUUUUACAACGAAAGUAAAAUACGAAACGAUAUUAAAACUGUGUAUUUUAUUGCAUAUUGAAUUCAAAAAUAUUUAAAAUUGCAUUUAAAUGAAAAAGUUAACCCUAUUUUUUGAAGAAUACGAAUGCUUAUAGUAUUUUGCCUUUGAGUUCAAAUUUUGCAUUUGCAUUUUGCUUUGGUAUUCAUAACGCUAAGAAACUAUAUAAUAAAUAUUUUAUUUGGCUGAACUAAAAAUAAUAAUAAUAAUCAUAAUAAUAGCAUAAUAAUUUUAAAAAAAACCCAGGUUGACUCUGUAAACAUAAACUAUGAAUGAAGACAAAGUAUAAACGAAACAUAGUUGAAAAAUUAACCAUUCCUUCAAAAUCUAAAAAAAUAAAUAAAUAAAAAAUUAUCGCGAUGUCUUUAUUGUCACAACAUAAACGACACUGAAUUACCUCUGAAGUUCUUAACGACGAAUUUAAAAUUCAAUUUAGUUCUUAAUUAUAUGUUUCGAGGAACUAGUGUUAAAUAAUCACCAGUGGAAUUAUUUAUAAUCGCGGAAGUAAAUGAAACUUUGUAAUAAAAAAUUUAACUUGAAGCAAUAAUCUUCCAUUUUUGUGGGAGUUCGUUGUUCUCAUAAAUUUAGCGUGACGCACACACUUGUAAACUUUUCUGCACAUAGUAUUUGUCAUAGGCAGUAAAAAUGAA